UCCAUUAAACCCUUACUCCUUACCAACGAUUCCUUCAGCGCGGCUGAGGACGAUCCGCCCAAGUCUUCGUAGCGGAAUCCUUCGUCACUUUAUCGCUGCCAUGUCGUCGAUUGGAGAGCUCGCCUGCACCUACGCCGCGCUCAUCCUCCACGACGACGGCAUACCCAUCACGUCGGAGAAGAUCUUAACCGUAGUUAAGGCGGCCAAUCUGACUAUCGACUCCUACUGGGCGCCCCUCUUCGCCAAGCUCCUCGAGAAGAGAAGCGUCGACGAUCUCAUCUUGAGCGUUGGAUCCGGAGGUGGCGGUGCUUCGGUUGCAGUCUCUGCUGCCCCUGCUGCUGGUGCGGGUGGUGGUGCUGCCGCUGCCGCUCCUGCGGCUGAGGAGAAAAAGGAGGAACCCAAGGAGGAGAGCGACGACGACAUGGGAUUCAGCUUGUUUGAUUAGAGAGACAGGGAGAGCACUGCUUUAGUACUAUUGCCGAUUUAUGUCUUUUUCUGAUUUUGGUGUUAUGACGUUCAAUUUUGCUUCUAACACAUUUGCGUAUGUCAACUCAAGGUGGCAGGAUUAUUUCUAAUGGAAUGUAAGAAUUUUUCAUGUUGGUAUAUGAUGUUUCUAUUUAGCGUAU